GCGGCCGUCCCCCGCGUGGCUAAAUGUCGGGUCCCCGGGGCGGCAGGCGGCGGGCGGCGGUGCGCACCGGGCAGGGAGCAUGCAGGUCGCGCGCCUGUGCCUGGGGCUGCUGCUGCCCGCGGCGGCCGCGCUGGAGUUCGCCUACCACCACCAGGAGCAGAUGGAAGCGUUCCUGAAGACCGUGGCCCGGAACUACAGCUCCAUCACCCGCUUACACAGCAUCGGGAAGUCGGUGCAAGGCAGGAACCUGUGGGUCCUGGUGGUGGGGCGCUUCCCGAAGGAGCACAGGGUCGGGAUCCCGGAGUUCAAGUACGUGGCAAACAUGCACGGAGACGAGACCGUGGGGCGGGAGCUCCUGCUCCAUCUGAUCGAGCACCUCGUGACCAGGGAUGGAAAAGACCUGGAAAUCACGAACCUAAUCAACAGCACCCGGAUGCACUUCAUGCCUUCCAUGAACCCCGAUGGGUUCGAGGCUGUCCAGAAGCCCGACUGCUUCUACAGUAACGGAAGGGAGAACAGUAACCACUACGACCUGAACCGCAACUUCCCCGACGCCUUCGAGCCCAACGACGUGUCGCGGCAGCCUGAGGCGGCGGCCGUCAUGGCCUGGCUGGAGGCCGAGACCUUCGUGCUCUCCGCCAACCUGCACGGCGGCGCCCUGGUGGCCAGCUACCCCUUCGACAACGGGGUGCCGGCCACCGGGACGUCCCACUCCCGCAGCCUGACCCCCGACGACGAUGUCUUCCAACACCUCGCCGACGUCUACGCCUCGAGAAACCCCACCAUGAAGAAGGGAGAUCAGUGUAAGGACAAGAUGGACUUCCCCAACGGAAUCACCAAUGGCUACGCCUGGUAUCCGCUCAGAGGUGGAAUGCAAGAUUACAACUACAUCUGGGAGCAGUGUUUUGAGAUUACGUUGGAGCUGUCAUGCUGUAAAUAUCCUCAUGAGGAGAAGCUUCCGUUCUUCUGGAAUAAAAACAAAGCUUCACUGAUUGAAUAUAUAAAACAGGUGCACCUAGGUGUAAAGGGUCAAGUUUUUGACCAGAAUGGAAAUCCAUUACCCAAUGUAAUCGUAGAAGUUCAAGACAGAAAACAUAUCUGCCCUUAUAAAACCAACAAAUUAGGAGAGUAUUAUCUUCUCCUCUUGCCUGGGUCCUAUGUAUUAAAUGUUACAGUCCCUGGACAUGAUCCAUACCUCACAAAGGUGGUUAUUCCAGAAAAAUCUGAGAAAUUCAGUGCUCUUAAAAAGGAUAUUUUACUCCCAUUCAGAGGGCUACUGGAUUCUAUCCCAGUAUCAACUCCUUUAUGUCCUAAGAUUCCUCUGUAUAGGAAUUUGCCAAGCCACUCAGCUGCAACAAAGCCUGGUCUGUUCAUAUUUCUAGUGACUGCCUUUCACAUAUUUGUCAAAUAAAGCAAAAUGUGAAAUACAACCCCCCAUCAUCACCAGGAAUCAGGAAUUUCAUGCCAGGUUACUGCAACUCUUAACUCUCCCUGUGGGAUCUUGACUCAACAAACUCCAUGGCCCUUCCCAGAGAAGAGAAAUGGUGGUUUUCAAAUCACAACAAGCAACAUGUGGUGGUGAUAACAAAAGGAAUGAUUUGAUCUUGAUGAAUGGAAGAUACUGACCUUUCAAGUAGUCCACUUAAUCUUGAAGUUGUCUUAGAAAUUUGUAAGAAAAACUUGAGAAUCAAGAAAGAAGUUUCUGCAAGAAAAAUAUGAAGCAAAUUUUGUACACAGAGAGCCAGCUGAAUAUAAGCAAUGAAGAUGAACAUUCAUGGAUUACCUACUAUAUCCGAAAUCUUGCCAUGAGUGCCAUAUGUGAAGAUAGAGGAGGUGCCAUUUUUAAUUCAUUCCCAGCACAGGGGAAAAAUGAUGGUAGGACUGAAAUAUUUCAUUUCAUAAAUGUUCUAAGGAAAUAUGAGAGAAAAGAGGCAACCAUGUCUCAAUGGCCCAAGAAAAUAAGGGCCUGAUGGAAUGGCAAGGUUCUAACUACAGAGCCCCAAAACAACAGGUCACUUAGGUGUCCCUGCCUUUCUGCAGAUGCAGAUGCCAUAGUUCUGUUAUGCUGAUGACCCCCAAAAGUGUAGCUCUAGCAUCUCGCCUGAGCUUCAAAUUCAAGUGCAGCUUCUCACUAUAUAUAUCCACCUGGAUGUGACCCACAGGUACCUCAACUCAUCAUGUUGAAAUUAAACAUAUUUUCCUUCCUGGAGCUGCUUUUCCUCCUAGAUUUUCUCUGAACCACCAAACGAGAAACCCUCUUGAGAGUCGUCCUUGAUACUUUGUCCUCUUUCCUCAUCCCAUAUAUUCAGUCACUUGCGAUUGAUGUUAAUUAUAAGUGUUAUAAUUAUAUUAUAAAUUAUAAACCCUCUCUCCGUGGCUAGUAACAUUGUCAAGUUUAGGCCAUCACAGCUCACCGGCACCACUGCAGCAGCUUUACUGGUCUCUGCGCCCAGGCUUCUCCUCUUCAAAUCCACACAGAACUUGGAAAGUUCUACUUAAAACAAAAAACAAUCAACUUGCUUAAAAUUCAUGUUUAUCAUCUUCAGAGCCCAGGACAGAGUAGAAACCAAAUGAAUGAGUAAACAAAGAGUUCUAGGAACCUACAGUCCCGGUCCCUCCCACAAGCUGUGUUGGGCUUUGAGUCAUUUUGUCAGAUGAGGGCCUCUGCGUUGGCAAUCUCCAGCUUAGUAGUCACACUGACAGAAGAGUUUUCAAUUAUGUCUCAACAAAUAAAUUUGAAUACAGUGUUUUUACUAUGCUUUGCCUUUAUCCUAAGGUUCGUAGUAAACGUAUUGUUACCUGUUAACAACACAAGCUACCUUCUUUUGUCAUCAGAAAACAAAAGUUCUACCAUUGGUACUCAGCUUGAAGCAACUGUUCUCCACCUGCUAUCAUGAGAGUUAACCUAUCUUAGAACAUUUUAUCUAAGAAUUGAGAGGGGAAGCAUCAAACAAAAAAACAGCAACUCAUAAGCAGAUGUCUAAGUGCUAUAUAUUGCUCAUGGAAUGUAAGUUGCCUUGGGUCUUUCAACUGAGAGUUCUCUAGGAUUUGAAAAUGAAACUAUACUGGGCUUGGUACGUGAUGAGUACGUGAGAACCACAAACAAAUGGGAGCUAUUCCUGUGCCAAACUUAUUCCAUACACACAAAUCAUGCUUGUUAAUCUAAACAGAAUUUGUGAUCUUCCUAUUUCUUAUAAAAGUCUGGUAAUAACUUGAAUUAUCUGGAUCAUUUUUAUUUAAAUAAACUAAUUUAUACUUGAA